CACUUCCUCUAGGCACAGCUCCUCCGACUGAGAAUGGUCAGCUCCAACCUAUCGCUCUCACACCGGAAUGCAAACAAGUGGUGGCACUCCACUGCUCCAAACACAUGGAUUCGGACUGGGAGACACUUGGCUGUUUGCAAAUAAAAAGCCCUGGAUGCCGUGCGAAAUUGAACCAGGAAGCUAUCUUCGUAUUUUCUGAUUAUCGCUUGAUCUACCACUUUGUCGAGGCCUGUGGACAAGACAUCAAGAGUUUGGGAUGCGGUCGUAUAGAGAUUGGUCCUGAGUCACCAAAGGAAGAGCGUGACCACCUAAAGAUUGGUCCCGAGUCACCAAAGGAGGAGCGUGACCACCUAAGUGUGAAAAGUCAGGGCAAAACGAUUCAUUGUCUGCGCACUCAUAUCGAGAAAUUGCGAGAAACUUGUGCGAAGCAAGUGUUACGUGUGGCCGAACUCCAAUCGGACGACUAUCACCUUGAUCUACCACUCUAUUAUGCCUGCCGGGAAGAUCGAGAACGCCUGUGCCCCAGUGUUGAAUCUGGAGGUGGACUAGUUUAUGUCUGUCUGGACAACAACAAGUAUAAUCCACUGAUGUCCAAAGAAUGCCGAUCAAUGAUCACUGAAAGACAACAACUCCGUGCUUUGGAUUAUUUUGUUGAUUUCCGUCUCGCCAAAGCCUGUGCUGCUGAUCUAAAAAAAGCCGGUUGUGGUGCGACGGACAGAUCUCGGUCCGAUGCGACGGUGUCUCGAAUGAUGCUUUGCCUCGAAGCAGUUGAGAAACCGCAUUUCUCGGUAGAAGCGAACCAAGUGAUAAAACCAGGACAGUUGGACGCUGCGUGUAAAGAUGAGAUGCUCAAGUUAAGACAGGAAAUGCUAGAUGAUUAUCGCCUCUCUCCGAACCUCAUCUCCCACUGCCAAACCACCAUUGAGCGCCACUGUGCUUCGAAAAAGCAUGGACGUGGAACAAUGCUUCAUUGUCUUGCUCACCUGAUACGAAGCUACACUUCUGAACGUCCACCGAUCGAAUGUGAGAAGGCUGUAUACGAGCUUGUUAAACUCACUAAUGUCGAAGAAAACGUCAUCCUAGACCCGGUUAUUGAUCGCGCCUGUCAUAACAUAUUGCGUGAAAAAUGCGCUGGCUUGGAAAACGCUGGUCACAGUGCCCUCUUUGAGUGUUUAUCGGAGAAUCAGUACCAUCCCAGUAUGACCAGUAGUUGCCGUAGACAUCUUCUGGAACUGCUCUACUUCGUCACGCGCGAUUUGACGUUGGACGAUCACCUGCAUCGCGCCUGCGCUGAAGACAGCCUGAAACUGUGCGGUUUUCCUAAAGCUACUCUAUCGGAGUACAACAGCGCCGAUGCUCAGUUGCUCACGUGCCUGUACAACCAUCGGCGAACUGUAGGAACGGCAAGUUCUCCCUCAACACCUGUGCUUUCUGAGGCAUGCAAUGUUCAAGUCAUGCGUAUCGUCCACAUCAGGGCCUCAGCGGUCUCAUUAGACCCCCGGGUGUUCCAAGUUUGUCUGUCGGACCUUUCACAGUGCCCGGAAGAAGAUGAUUUUGAAGAGGAGGAUGAGGAUGUGGAGGAUUCUGGGGAUUCCGACACUCGCGAGAGCACCCCGUCCAAACAUGGAGAACCCCUCAAGACACAUAGGAAAGGAAGUACUGGCCUUGCUUGCCUACAAGAACGACUCGAUAAACUACAUCCUGAGUGUCGUUCGGCCGUCGUUCAAGUCAGCGCAGAAGCACAACAAGACGCCAGUCUAGACAAAUUGAUUAUGAAAGCUUGCGCAGCAGCAGCUUCGCGAUUUUGUUCGAUUGUCACGGACUCCGAGGAACUCCUGGGUUGUCUGGUUCAUUACAAGAACGAUCCUGCCAUGGAUCCGGAGUGUCGUGAGGCUGUGGAACACUUGCAAAUUGUGGCACAAAAAAACAUGCAGAUCUCCCGGUUGCAUCACCACUGCCUGUCAGAUGCGCAAAAAUAUUGCAACAGGGAGAUGUCCCGGGGCACAGCUGCUGUGAUUGUGUGCCUCAGUGAACUUCUGACUGUCCGUGAACCACCUGAGUCGAAAGGCGCCCCUCAAGAGGUGGCCCUACCGUCUCCACAAACGUCUGUAUUAUCUCCGGCUUGCUACAAAGAACUGGUUUCUCAACUGUACGACCGUAGUGAAUCCAUCAAUUUAGAUCCUGAACUGGCCCAAGCAUGCAUUACGGAUCAAAAGCAGUUCUGUAGCAAUGUGGCCCCGGGUGCUGGUCGGGUGAUCGAAUGUCUACGGGAACACCGAGCCCAACUGUCCUUGGAAUGCCAUUCAAAGUUAUUCAAGCGUGAUGAACUAGAAGCCUUAGAAAAUCGAGCAGGCUAUACUCUGCUCAACGCUUGCCAACAAAUGAUCAACGUACAUUGCGCCCCGGUGCUGGUCAGGCUUCAAGAGUUGGGUGAUGAGUUGACUGAACAGACGGGACACAAUGCACUCGUGGAAUGUCUCACCGGGGCAAUGACACGUGAAAACACGCGGCAUGGCUUUGACCCCAUCUGUCGUAGACACCUCUGGGACAUGUUAGAUUUGCGCUCUCGAGAUUAUCGUCUGGAUCCCGUGUUGCAAAGUGUGUGUCGCUCGGAUAUCUCCAAGUUUUGCCUCGCAGAAGCACGUGCUACUUUGAAGAGCCCGUAUGAACAGAACGGUCCUGUGUUACAUUGCCUGAAGAGGCAUUUCGUCGAACAGAAACAGACCGACCAGAUGCUGAACGCAAAGUGCUAUGCACGCGUUCGUUUGUUAAUUACCUGGGAGAACGCAGCCCAUCAUCUCGACCCAGUGUUGGCUGGCACGUGUAAGACUGAUAUCUUGAAGAAUUGCCCUCACAAACUGCGAACGCGCGACAAAGAGGAUGAAGAAGAUAUGGAUGACAAUGUUCGUGAAUGCUUGCUGGAGUCGUUAAAAAAAGACAAACUGCAAUCUGCCGAAUGUAGACGUGAGGUGGUGCUGAUGAUCCGGGAGGCGCAAUCUGAUUUACAUAUUGACCCACUGUUGCAUGAGGCUUGUGCGGUUGAAAUUGAACCUGGUCGCGGUCGGCAAAUGGCUUGCCUGUUACGUGUCAUGAAUCGUCCUGAUGCUGUCGACACUCUCGGACCACUCUGCUUCAAACAGUUGAGCAAACGAAUGGAGCUGUGGAACUACGUCGCCAAAUAUCAACAACCCGACUCCUUAAGCGACUUCAUAGCCCAAGUGAAUUCAAGCCGUUCACGAAAUUACAUCCUCAUGGGACUGUUCCUAUUCUUCUCUUGUAUCUUCUUCAUAGGGUUGUGUUGUGGCCGUGUCACAAAACGGGUCCCAAUCGAUGUGAAAACCAAGUGAUAUCCCCACUACCAACACUGACGUUCUUCCUGUCCUAGUAUCGAUGAACUUCACCGGUCCACUUUGCACAUCGUCUUAUCGCGUGAUUCGUCAACGUGGCAUUUUCCAUAUUCCCACUCGUUUUAGUCGAAUUGUGGCAUUUUCCUCUUGCGAACACCAACUUUUUCUACCUGUUGUCCUGUUGUUGCAUAUUUCGUUUGUCCCUUGUCUUUUACUUCCGAUAGUCGCACCGUUCGGAUUCCCCCAUUAAAUGCAGGAACACAACUCGAGUGAUAUUUUUCAUGUUUCUAUUUUCUCCAUAUUGAAGGCGCCUUUGUUUACUCCGCACGAUCUUGUCACACGUCAUUCGGUCGCGAUGACCUGUUUGAUGUAUCAGCAUGUCCUCAGACAUGUGUGUGUGUAUCUGUGAAUAUGUGUUGUUCUCUUCACCUUUGGAAACUUCUAUUAUGAAUGCUCA